AUGGUAUGUCUGAUAAGAAAUCUAACACAGAUAACAGUUGGGGAGAAGUUGCCUUUACAGACGGACACAAGCGAUGGCGCAGAUCUUUCCAGGGUGAAAUAUUACAGAAAUAAGUUAGUUCAUAGUGAAAAAGUUGCGGUUUCAGAUAAACCUUUCCAGGAAUAUUGGACAGAUAUAUCAGAGGCGAUCAUAAGACUUGGUGGAUCUAAAUACAAGCUGAUUUGUCGUGAAAUAGAGGCAAGACAACUUGGUGAUGAUGACAAGAAACUGCUGACAGAGAUCAGAAAUAUUUCAAGGUCGUAUGAUCCUAUACCAAAGGGAAUGAGAGUUAUUAAUGAUCAAAAGGUAGAAGAAUGGAUAAUGGAAAGUGUGAUUGAAACUCGGGCAAUCAAACAGAUGUGCAAAUUGACUAUAGCAGGUCAUGUGGUAGUGGCUGUUGGGCCGUCUGGUUGUGGAAAAUCCACUGCUAUUCAUCGAGUAGCAGUGAAAUUAAUAGUUCAUGGUGGAUUUAGUAUUGUGCCUGUAUACAGCGCUGAAAAAAUUGUAGAACUGUAUAAUCCUGACCGCCGACAAGUAUUUGUUAUAGGUGAUUUGUGUGGUAAAGCUACCAUAGAUACAUAUAAAGUCCAAAAGUGGUAUGAUUUGUCAAACGAUAUCAUUCAAAUUUUGAAAAACUCUCAUGUAAGAAUUUUAGCUUCUUGUAGGACUCACAUAUUUCAGGACCGACUAUUUCAACCUAUAAAACUUUUAAGAAAAGCUACAUGUGACUUUUUGUCAGAUGAAUAUUGUCUGACAAAUAAAGAAAGAGAAAGUAUUUCGAAUAUAUAUUUAAAAGAAGAAGAAACACGUCACCUGUUAGAGUGUCCAGAACGCUUAAAUUUUGAGUGUGUUCCACUUUUGUGUUGUCUGUACUCUCAAAAUAGAACUGGGCAAAUUAUUGAUUUUUUUACAAAUCCAGCUCAAGUCAUAAGAGACGAAUUAAAUUUACUCUGGGAAGCCCCUGAUCAGAAGACAUAUGGUACAUUGAUACUGUUUAUAGUGUAUAAUAAUUUUUUGCCGAUAGCACUUUUAAAUAAGACAUCUGGUAUAAAAUCAAUUCUUGAAGAAAUAUCAGAUGGCUUACAUUUGAAAUCAGUUUUUUCAAUCAAAGCUGUCAUGUCUGAAUUAGCCAAUUUACAAAAUUCUUAUGUAAAAAAACAUGCAAAUGGGUAUAGUAUUAUCCAUGACAAAAUAUUCGACAUUUUAGUUUGCUUUCACGGAGAACAUGAUUUUGAACUUACUAUUGGUAUUGCUCAUACAGAUGUCAUACGUGAUAGACUAGUUAUGACGUCUUUGUCAGAAAAUGACAGUUAUGGUUCCCAUGAGAAUGUUUUAGUCAUACCAGUAGAAAAAGAAGAAAUAUAUUUUGAUCGAUUGUUUAAAGAUGUUGAUGAAGGCUUUCUUGAAAACAUCUUUUUGAACAAAAACUUGUCUUGUGCUACUUACCGCCAGAAAUUAAUUCAACACUUCAAAGGCACGUCAGAUUUUUCUGCAUUGCUUCGUCAGAUGUCAUGUAAGAAGACAUACAUCUUGAUUUUAUCUAUGCUUCAUAAAGGUUUUUGUGAUAUUGUUCCCUUAUUGAUAACAGAGCAUAUUGAUUUGAAUAUAAAUAACAAAAUCAGUGAAACCCCACUUUUUUUGGCUGUAAAUAAGGGAUAUAAUGAUAUUGUUGAUUUAUUCUUAAAAUACAAUGCCGAUUCUAACAUUUCUCCUUGA